AUGCUAACAAAUCGAGUAGUCUUUUGCGGAAAUUCCGAUGUUGGUAAAACUUCUAUUAUUAAAAAGAUAUACUCAACCGAAAUCCCGCAGUUUCAUAUUCCAACAGACAUUUGCACAAGAUCGGUAUGCGAAAUGAUGUUACCAGACGGAUCACAAACUGCGUUAAAUAUAUGGGAUCUAAGUGGUGAUAGAAGAUACGAACGCGAACUUAAAUUCUAUUUCAAAAAUGUCGAUGUCGUUGUUUUUGUUUUUGAUUGCACGAGCCAAAAUUCUUACGAUGAAUUGUACACUUGGAUUAGUAUGGCUAAUCGAAAUGAUGCAAUGACUAAGGCUACUUAUGUUGUUCUUGCAAAUAAAAUUGAAGAUGAACAAAAGAGGAAAGUGUUGUCAUCACAAGCGCAGUCAUACGCAUCCAUGCAACGUGCAGAAUAUAUUGAAGUAUCAGCUCUUAGUGGAAAAGGCUUAGAUGAAUUUUAUAUCAGACUUGGAGAGCUUUGUAAACAAAAACAACAGCAAAGGUUAGACGAUAUUAAGAACCAACCAUUACAUCAGUCAUUGACAGAAUUAGACGAACCAAAACCUUCAAAAUGCUGCUAA